GCCGCGGGCGUCCAGUUGCUGCCCGGAGCUGCGAAGGUCGACUGCUCUCCCGGACAGGCCUGAUCUCCCUCACACGUAAGCGCUCUGCCCCGCCAUGGAGCCGGCCCCCGACGCCGAGGAGGCGCGCACGGUGCGCGAGGCGCUGGGCCGCUACGAGGCGGCGCUGGAGGGCGCGGUGCGCGCGCUGCACGAGGACAUGCAGGGGCUGCAGCGCGGCGUGGAGCAGCGCGUGGCCGAGGCGCUGCACCUGGCCGGGCCGCUGGCGCGCACGGUGACCGAGCUGCAGCGCGACAACCAGCGGCUGCAGGCGCAGCUCGAGCGCUUGACGCGCCAGGUGGAGGCGCUGGGCUUGAAGACCGGGCUGGCCCCCGCGCCCGGCACGCCCAGCCCUCCGCCCGCGCCUGGCGUCCCGGACCGCGCGCCCCGUCUGGGCACCGCGCGCUUUGCCAGCCACGCCACCUUCUCGCUGUCCGGCCGAGGCCAGAGCGUGGAUCACCAUGACGAGGCCGGCGAGUCGGAGAUGAGAAGGACCUCAAACUCGUGCAUCGUCGAGAACGGGCACCAGCCUGGGGCAGGUCCAGGUGAUGGACCCCCUGAGACCACCCAAACCGUCCCGGCACCAGAGCCCCCCAAGCCUCGCCCUGCGAACCUCUCCUUGCGGCUGCCUCACCAGCCAGUCACGGCUGUCACGCGAGUCUCCGAGAGGUUCUCUGGGGAGACGUCAGCCGCAGCUCUCUCGCCCACGUCUGCCGCCGUCCUGGGGGGCCUCAGCCCCAGCGAGGCCACCACACCCUGGACUCCCAGUCCCAGUGAGAAGAAUUCUUCUCUCCCACGGUCUUUGUCCAGCUCUGGCCACAGGGCAGUGACGGCCAGCAGGAGCAACGACAGCCCACCUCUGGCGGCGCCACCGCAGUCUCUCCCGUCCCCGCAGCCGCCAGCCACGACUCAGGCCCAUCGGCCCGGGGAGCAUCGCCGGGAGCUGGUGAGGUCGCAGACGCUGCCCCGCACCUCGGGGGCGCAGGCCCGGAAGGCGUUAUUUGAGAAAUGGGAGCAGGAUACAGCUGGCAAGGGGAAGGGCGAGACCCGGGCGAAGCUGAAGCGCUCGCAGAGCUUCGGCGUGGCCAGCGCCAGCAGCAUCAAGCAGAUUCUGCUCGAGUGGUGCCGCAACAAGACGCUCGGCUACCAGCACGUGGACCUGCAGAACUUCUCCUCCAGCUGGAGCGACGGGAUGGCCUUCUGCGCCCUGGUGCACUCCUUCUUCCCCGAUGCCUUCGACUACAAGGCCCUGAGCCCCGCGCAGCGGCGGCAGAACUUCGAGCUGGCCUUCACCAUGGCCGAGAAUCUGGCCAACUGUGAGCGCCUCAUUGAGGUGGAGGACAUGAUGGUGAUGGGCCGCAAGCCGGACCCCAUGUGCGUCUUCACUUACGUCCAGUCUCUGUACAACCACCUGCGUCGCUUUGAGUGAAGCCCCUCGGGGCUGGAGAGCCAACCCCCGAAGGAGUCGGUGGGGCCGCCUGUGUCCCGGAGUCAGGAUGCCCCCCGAGCAGAGUUGCAUUCUGGUGUGAGAGAGCUGUUUGUUCUGUGCCGCGUUACCGCGCUCCCCAACCUGUCCGGCUGCGUUACUGAUGGGAAAGUACCGCUGAGCUGCGUUCUGACCGCACUGAUCACAGCCAAGGGCUCCAAGGAAAAGGAAGGAUUACCAGAGAGAGAGAAAUUGGUGCUAAGUAAUUACCUUCCUUAAAAGAAAAAUAAUAAUAAUAAUGCUUGUCUGUAGAUUCUGGAAGGCUGAAUCACAGUGUUCCCUCUGCUGAACUGGAUCCAUUGGCUUUACAGGGUUGCAUUGACUACCAAGUGUUUUUUAAUCAAAAUACCCAGAGUUUUCUACUUCCUCACACUAUUGUAGGUUCCUUUCCUCCCUCGCUCUGGGCCACUGCCAGGAAAUAUAGAGACGCUUAAUCAGCAGCUUGACAAAGAAGACUGAAGUCUUGGGAAGAAACUGUUUAAUCACUCCCAGGUCCUGGGCAGCAGAUGACCUGCAAGUCACCUCGGCUCUCUGGGGAAACGGGAGGGCUCUCGCCUGGUCCCAAAGUGGUCCUGUCCUUCCCAGGAGGGCUCCACACGUGUUUGGCUAAGAAUAGGCCCUCGGGAAGUUAACACUUUUAGGGAAGGACAGGCCUUUGGUGCUGCGAGGUGGUUUUUAUUCACAGCUUUUUUAAAGGGAUUUGCUGCAGAUAUUUAUAAAAAGUAACUCCAUCUGUACCACUGACCGUUUGUAUAUAAAAAGAUGUGUCGCACUUC